UCCACAAAAGUUAUCUACACACAAAUGAUUAAAUACACACAUAAAUAUAUUUGUAAAAAUCUGAAAAUUGUUCACUGAAUAUGCAGAACGAGAACCGUCGAAACAGCUACGAUGUUAUUUCCAUACCAUCCUAUGAAUCGAUUCCAGUUAAGUCGGAAAGUUCACAUCCAUCGCAGGAUGCAGUCAGAGUAACGAGCCAAAUGGUCUUCAAUCUGAAAUGUAAUGCCGAUGGCAAUGUACCGCUUCCUUUUUUGCCGUUCAAUGCGCCAACACCGCCAGUUUCCGAGGCUGGGGAUACAGAUUUUCUCGAUUCAGAUCCAUUGUCGAAAGACACCUUAGCCUUUAAUGUUUCAGAUAUUGAAGCUAGUAUUGAAGUGUUCUGUCCACAGCUCAUGAUUAUCUAUGGGCAGGGUGAUAUUAAUUGUGCCCUAUACUUUUUAAUUGACUCUCUACAUCGGCCCUUUCAAUCGAAUGCGGUGGUCACGGUGCUCGUGGAGGAGAGCAUGCGCGAUGAGUUGGUGGAGCGCAUUCUUGCGCAGAUGCGACCGCUGUGCGAACGAGAGGCCACACAUUCCAGCUAUCGGGCCUCAGUGAAGGCGCUUCAGGAUCUCCAUUUGGAUGUAAUCACUGCCAGCGAGAAGCAAGUUCCACCGCCAUUGGCCACGCCCAUUGUGGUCUGCAAUGGCCGGCAUAGUCUGCUGGGCUUCGGUCCGACAGGUGUCAUCUGCCUGCACACCUUCCGCACCACAAACGAGAUCAUCGAUAUAUGCCGCAAGGACAAUGUGAACUUUGAGAGCGUCAACAUUUGGAACGAGUCUGUGGAGGGUCUCUACCAGCUGGUCGUAAACCUCGACUGCUCCAACUUCUUCUUCAACUGCUGUAAUGUGAACUUGGGCCCCAUUAUUCCAUCACAUGCCGUGAACAAAAUUGAUGUGCACAUUGUCGAUCGCUUCCACUAUGAGACUCUGCAGGUCAAUGAGAAAAAGAAGAUCAUAGUAUUUCCGAUAGGUGAGCAUUUAGCCCAGCGAAGUACAGAAGAUCGCAGAAUUUCGCUGGCUCCCAUUGUCUUCCUCAAUGAAUGAGCCCAUCUUGGCUUCCAGCUUCCUCAUUAUCACCUUUUUGGCUGGCACGUUUCGGGAGUUUCCGAGAUACAAAUUCGUUCAAUUGUUUAUGCCAAAAAUAUAUAAAUUUCCAUCAAU